AUUUAAAUUUAUUUUUUUUUUUUCAAUAAAAUGUUUUCAAAGUUGAGAAGAUAAUUUAAAUAUUACUAGAAAAAGCUUCUAAAUUUACUAAUAAAACGAUUGAGAAUCACUGAGGGAACGUGAUAUACAUAUAGAAUGCCGUCUAGUAUAACGUAGCUUCAGAUCUUACGUGUCUACGAAUGUCGCUGCCUCGGACGAUUUAACUAGAUUUUGUAACAGAUUGUUAAAUAUUUGAUACGCUGGAAAAUGGCAAAUGAAAAUUAUUUGAGUGAUCCGAACAAUCCAUUUUUCUCUCUCGAAGACGACAUUGACGACGAAACAUUUUUAAAUAGUGCACCACCGAGAUCUGGUCACACGACUUACAAUCAAUAUAAUAAUUUUGACAAUGUUCUCGAACAAAAGCAUCAACAAUUAUUACAACGAAAAAAGGAAAUAGAAGAACGUACGAUACAAUCGACGAAAAGAUCUAUUUCAAUACUAAGAGACUCUGAACAGAUUGGAGCUGCUACUGCAGAGGAACUCAUUAGACAAAGAGAACAAUUAGAAAGAACAGAAAAAAGAUUAGACGAUAUUAAUAGCACAUUAAGGUUUAGUCAAAAGCAUAUCCAAGGAAUAAAAAGUGUGUUUGGAAGUCUUAAAAAUUAUCUCAGUGGUAAAUCAAUGGAUGCACCAAUACCAUCAACUAUAUUAUCAGAGUCUUCUAGCUCUGAAUCUAUGACAUCUCCUGCUCUAUCAAAUUCUUUAGAACAAGUACAAACUAAUAUGGCUAAUAUAAGUCCAGCAUUAAAGCUACAUGGCCUGGAUAAUGAUGUAGAAACAAAUUCUUUAAGUAAUAACGUGAGCAAGGUAUUAGAAAAAAAUUUAGAUGAAAUGAGUGGUUCAUUAGCUAGAUUAAAAGGUUUAGCUAUAGGAUUAUCAGAAGAGAUAGAUUUACAAAAUGACUUGAUUGACAACAUAACAGAUAAAGCAGAAAAGACAGAUAUUAUGCUGCAGAAACAAAAUAAAGAUCUUACUCAUUUAUUAAAAAAAUAAGUUAUAUAUACAAUACAUAAAACAAAACAAAAGUGCUUAGUAUAUUAAAUUCAUAUACAUUUCAAAUAAAUGUGUAAUAAAUAUUGCCUUAUUUAGUCAUAUCUAAAAAAUUUUAUAUAUGUUAUUUAUUUUGUAAGAUUGCUUUAUGAUGUUUUGUAAAAUACAAGUUACAAUAAUGUAAAACUUUAUGAAAAAAAGACAUAAAGAAAAUACAUGAUACACUUCCAUACUCAUAAUUAUUAUUUCAGUAUUAGUUUUAUUUUUCG